UUCUUACGUUUGUCGAUUGUGCCGCCAUCUUCUCUGCAAAACAUUGCUGAAGACGGGACACUGAGAAAAUAACAACCGCAGUUACGACUUUGGUAUUUAUUGCUGUAGUUACUACACAUAUUCAAAUACAUACUUAUUUGAGUGUUUAUUCUAAGCCUUGAUUAUCUUAAGAAAGUUUAACAUUUGUAAGGUGAACUAAAAUAUCGUUGAGGAGGUUGAGCAUUACUUUGGAAAGUUAUUUAGUGUUAGCGAGCUAGCUAGUAUUUUUUGUGUGUAGGAAAUGAGGGGAAGUUCAUCGUAUGGAGACAGAGAUCGGGACCGCGGACGUGACCGAGGUCCUCGCUUUGGGUCGAGUCGGGGUGGACCCCCUCCCACCAAGAAGUUUGGGAACCCAGGGGAGCGUCUGCGGAAGAAGAAGUGGGACCUGGACGAGCUGCCCAAGUUUGAGAAGAACUUUUACACCGAGCACCCGGAGGUGCAGCGCUUGAGCCAGUAUGACAUCGACGAUUUUCGCAGGAAGAAGGAGAUCACGCUCCGGGGAACAGGCGGCCCGAAGCCGGUCACCAGCUUUCACCAGGCUCAGUUCCCCCAGUACGUGUUGGACGUUUUGGUGCAGCAGAACUUCAAGGAGCCCACGGCCAUUCAGGCUCAGGGUUUCCCUCUGGCUCUCAGCGGGAGGGACAUGGUGGGCAUCGCCCAGACUGGGUCUGGGAAGACACUGGCGUAUCUUCUGCCAGCUAUAGUGCACAUUAACCACCAGCCUUACCUGGAACGAGGGGAUGGACCCAUUUGCCUGGUUCUCGCUCCCACUCGAGAGCUGGCCCAGCAGGUGCAGCAGGUGGCGUUUGAAUACGGGAAGUCCUCCCGCAUCAAGAGCACCUGUGUGUACGGGGGAGCGCCCAAGGGCCCGCAGAUACGAGACCUGGAGAGAGGAGUGGAGAUUUGCAUCGCCACCCCCGGGCGUCUCAUCGACUUCCUGGAGGCGGGGAAGACCAACCUGCGGCGCUGCACCUACCUGGUGCUGGAUGAGGCCGACCGCAUGCUGGACAUGGGCUUCGAGCCGCAGAUCCGCAAGAUCGUGGACCAGAUCCGGCCUGACCGGCAGACGCUGAUGUGGAGCGCCACCUGGCCCAAGGAGGUGAGGCAGCUGGCGGAGGACUUCCUGCGGGACUACGUGCAGAUCAACGUGGGCGCCCUGGAGCUCAGCGCCAACCACAACAUCCUGCAGAUUGUGGACGUCUGCAUGGAGAACGAGAAGGACAACAAACUGAUCCAGCUGAUGGAGGAGAUCAUGGCCGAGAAGGAGAACAAGACCAUCAUCUUUGUGGAGACGAAGAAGCGCUGUGAUGAGCUCACCCGCCGCAUGAGGAGAGAUGGCUGGCCUGCAAUGUGCAUCCAUGGUGACAAGAGCCAGCCCGAGAGAGACUGGGUCCUGACCGAGUUCCGUAGUGGCAAAGCCCCAAUUCUCAUUGCCACUGAUGUGGCAUCCCGUGGUCUAGACGUGGAGGAUGUUAAGUUUGUCAUCAACUACGACUACCCCAACUCCUCGGAGGACUACGUUCACAGGAUCGGCCGCACGGCCCGCAGCACCAACAAGGGCACGGCCUACACCUUCUUCACCCCCGGGAACCUGCGGCAGGCGCGCGACCUGGUGCGCGUGCUGGAGGAGGCCCGGCAGGCCAUCAACCCCAAGCUGCUGCAGCUGGUGGACUCCGGCCGCGGAGGAGGAGGGGGUGGCAGGUCCCGUUACCGGCCCACCGGCUCAAACUCCAACAACCCCAACAUGAUGUACCAGGACGAGUGUGACCGGCGCAUGCGCACCGUGGGCGGGGGCAAGGACAGCCGGGACGGGCGGGGCACGGGGGCCGGCCGGGACGGGGACCGCUCCUCCUCCUCGUCCUCCUCCUACAGGGACCGCGGCAGGGACAGCCGCAGCGGGGGCAGCUACGGGGCGGGGACCAACUCCACUCCGUCUUUCGGAGGCGUGGGAGAGCAGUAUCAGAGCUACAGCGGGAGCGGGGGCAGCCAGUACAACUCCAGGGCCGGGCCCCAGGGCGGGGCCAGCGCGCCCGGGGCGGCCAGCGGGGGGCCGGAGCAGGCGGUUCCGCAGCAGGGGCAGUUCGGGAACAUGGGCAGCAGGCCUGGCCAGCCCCCGGCCCCUCCGGGGGGGCCGCAGCCCCUGAUGGCGCAGCAGUUCAACCCGCCCCAGCCCAUACUGGGCUUCAUUGGACAGGGCCCCUACCAGUUUGCCCCUCCACCUCCCCCUCCUCCUCCCCCACCUCGAAAAUAAAGGUGGGGAACGCCCUCCUUCCUCAUAGCCAUUACGUUGUAGACAUGCUUACCCGUAUUUUCCAGGGGUUCAUUACGGUGGAGAAUUCCUGGUUGUUGGUCUUGUUCAGGGGACUGGGGAGAAAGAGCUGAGUGGGAUAAAGUUUAGGUUGAUAAGAUUUAUUUCAUGCUUAAAGAAGCCAUCCUAGUUUUUGCUUAGUUUAAGUACAUUUGGACGUUUUCAGUUGAAGCUCUUUCUCAAGGCCGCAACUUUUCUUCACCUUGGUGUUGAAAAGGCCUCAAAAUGGCCACAACACUCAACAUUAGCAGUGAGUGAAAUGUUUGAAUAGUGUCAUGAAUAGUCCAGUACAGUACUCAUUGCAUAUCAAUGGGUUUUGGACUGAUUUCUAGUAUUUUCAGAAAUAGAAGAAAGGGAUUAGGAUUUUGUGGGUGUGUUGAACUGUUCAGCGUUCAGUUUGGCUGUAAUUCUAAUGGGACUGAAGGGGUUGGAGGCUUGAGGGAGACGCUAAGAAAUGGCAUUUUGUCAUUUGUAAGUUGCUUUUCCCCUCUGUGACUGCUUUGAUUUGUGUACCCUUGGUGAAGGAAUCAGAUGUCAAAUUGAAAAUGCAACACAAACAAUUUCAGCAAAGGUACAAUUUGGCCAAAGACAAGAAAAUUAAAUGUGUUUCUGUUCAUCCAAUAUCCACCCAGCAAUUUGCUUUUAUUUCUGAGGUGUUCUUUUCCAUUUCCGACCACACCAUAUUUCAUGCACCAUGUAAGUAUUCAGUGGUGUGAUCAGGCUAGAAUUGCUGUAAUUGAUCAAUGAUGCAUUGGUUUUUGUAUCAGUUUAACUCUGCUUUCAGUAGUCUUAGGCUUUUUUUGUCUGCAACAUGUAUACUUUUGCUGUAGUGAAUGUAUUUUACUUUUGCUUUUCGGUCUUAUAAGAGGUAGGUGUUUCACUUAUUAUUCUCUUUCCAUUUUCAUUCCUGUGGGGGUACAUUGGGGAAUUUACACUAGUUUAUUCCUUCCUGUUCUUGGGGUGAGUCCCUGUAUCUGCCAUACAGGCUUGAGUUCUUUCUGUUGUGAACCUAAUGGAUCAUUUUUAAUUGUGCAUUUUAGCUCUUUGGGGUGGGGAACAAAACCCCCAAAGAUCCUGUCUGUGCAGGGAUGCUAGAAUGAACAAUUGGUUAUGUUCCUCUGGUCAUAAUUUCCCCCCCUUUUUCAUAUUUGUGCAGUUACAGCCGUUACCACUUCCAUUACGGCCAGCAUAGACUUUGUCUUUUGCAUGUUGUUCAAGCCUUAUGCUAGGGCAAAUGUGAGACCACGGUGGUGUAGUAAUCAAGAACACUGGUGAUUAAUACAGCCCCUUCCAAAGCACAACAAUGAAAACGAUUGAAAUAGAUGAGCUUUGUGUAGCAGUUUUCAUGUUGACUUUUUAUACUGUUUGUUUUUCCAGGAUUUGAAUAAAGAUUUGAUCCUU